AUGUCGUCCAACACUGCCAUGAACGCAAGAGCUAAGGACGUUAUCGGAAUCUUGCAAGGAACUCAGGAACUCCUCAAGAAGCCUAUUAAUCUUCCAAAUGAUGACUUCUUGACGGCUCCUGCAGCUCCUAUAAAUCCAAUACCUGCAACAGGUGCAAAUCGUAUAGGUGCUGCAGCCUCAGCUGGAAGACAACACCAUAACAAUACAGCACAAGUUGCAGCAACCCAAGGCAAGGAUACUCAACCUACUCCAACUCCUGAUUCACAGGAGACCGUCCAAGCAGAAACCAUGAAUAAGGUUACUCACACCAAUAAAGAUUUAGACAGAGCAACUAAGAUUUUCAAUGUUCGCCUUAAUCUGUAUAAGCAAUGCUAUUUUGAAUAG